AUGCAGCAGUCAUCACAUUCACAAAUGUUCAAUGGGGGCCCACCUUCGGUUCCUAUUGCCAACAUCACAACCCAAGAGAUUCAAAAGUGCCUGGAGGAGAAUGAACAGUUGAUUCUGGCUGUAAUGGAACACCAAAGAGUCGGAAAAUUCGACGAAUGCGCGCCCCACCGAGCGCGGCUUCAGCAGAACUUGACAUUUCUGUCGAACCUUGCUGAUGCCCUGCCACAACCUCCACCACCAUCCGUGCCUCCUCAGAUACUCCCUCAGUUGAUAGCACAACAAGGGCAGUGCUUGCAGCAUCCUGAGGCAGCAUUAAUGUCUCAGCAGCAACCGGCUUCUUCCAUGGUGAGAAUCCACUUUUGGCCGAAUAAUGAUCAGCAGCAACCAUCUUGCUUCCACCAACAGCAUUUCAUCCAAGCGCAGAUGGGCGCCAACCCCAUUGCAGCGACCGACAUACAUAUGGCCUCGAUGCAAAUUGGAGUUGGAAGUAGAAGCAACACGUCGGAUGUGACGGGAAACAAUCAAGUUGGCUUAGGGUCUGGGAAUGCUGGCAAUUUUCUGGGAAAUUUGUUUCCUGGAUACAGUGGUGGAGAUCCAGGAUCUUAG